ACCCUAACGUAGUAUCAUCAUUAUCGAUCGUUAUGCCUUCUUCUCUGCAGCUUUCCUUUCCUACAUUUGCUUUCAAACCUUCAAGAGAAAGCUCAAGAAGAAGAAAUUACCAUAUUCAAAUCUUCUGUUCGUCUCCAUUGUCCGGUACACAGGGAGGACAUGAAGAGCCUGAAGAGAGGAGUUGCAGAGUUGAAGGCCAACCGUAUGUGGUGUUGGUGGAAAGAUAUAGCAAUGGUACUGCGAAGAGGUAUGUACUUGGCAAUGAUUUACAAGUCCAAACUUUUGUGGAGCAACAUGCAGCUGAAGCAAAUGGGUCCAAAGCAUCAACUCCCACCCAACCAAAAUUAUCCUGGCUUCCUGAUAUUGUGAAGGAUUUUAUCUUACCUGCAGGAUUUCCAGGAUCAGUUUCAGAUGAUUAUUUAGAGUACAUGCUAUUGCAGUUCCCAACAAAUGUAACUGCAUGGAUUUGCCACACGUUGGUCACGUCAAGCCUGCUAAAGGCCGUAGGAAUAGGAUCUUUUUCAGGAACUACUGCUGCAGCCUCAGCUGCUGCCAUCAGAUGGGUAUCAAAGGAUGGCAUUGGUUCUGUAGGACGCCUAUUCAUCGGUGGACGGUUCGGAAAUAUUUUUGAUGAUGACCCAAAACAAUGGCGGAUGUAUGCAGAUUUCAUUGGCAGUGCUGGAAGCAUCUUUGAUCUCAGUACGCAGUUGUAUCCUGCAUAUUUCCUACCACUUGCAUCUUUUGGCAAUCUUGCUAAGGCAGUUGCUAGAGGGCUGAAGGACCCUUCAUUUCGUGUGAUCCAAAAUCAUUUUGCCAUCUCAGGAAAUCUAGGAGAAGUUGCAGCAAAGGAGGAGGUUUGGGAGGUUGCAGCUCAGUUGAUUGGUCUUGCUCUUGGCAUACUGGUACUGACAUCGCAGGAUACACCUGGCAUCGUAACGUCAUAUUCUAUGUUGGAAUUUACGUGGUUGAGCAUGAGGCUUCUACACCUUUGGCUGCGUUAUCAGUCACUUUCAGUUCUUACGUUUAACACGAUAAAUUUUAAGCGUGCCCGCCUGCUUGUAAAAUCACAUGUUCUCCAUUCUAUCAUUCUAGAGUACACUGAAUGCAAUAGGAAAGAAAAUAUUUUAUCUUGGGAAAGAUUCAUAAAGCCAUGCAGCACCUUUGAUAUACCUUUAGUGGAAAUGCUUGGGGUGGAGAGAUCUAGUACCAAGGUAAAGAUGCUUCUGGGAUUGUAUGCACAGGAAGAAUAUGUUCUCUUUGUGAACCAAGAUCGUGAGGAGAUUGAAUUCUUUGUUUCAUUCAAGGUGCGAGCUACAAGCUUAUCAGUCUUGCGAAGUAUCUGGCAGUGUUACUGGCUCAAUGAACACCGGGGAGGAUCAGACAAUGUCUUUGAUCAACUAAAGCAGAGCCUUGUCGAACUGGAUCAGAGAUUUGACAAUUUUCUUGAACAAUUGGAAGGAGCUGGGUGGGAUGUUAACCAGAUAAAUCUCAAGGUUCCGAGGAAACUUGUUAUUGAGGAAGUGGUUCCCACCGAGUUUACCCAGUGAUUCUUAUUGAACAAAGGAUUUCAUUCCUGAGAAUCAAAAUCAACCUCUAUUCUAAAAGGAACUUAGACCAGGAAAGGGUCCUGUGAUUUACAGGCUGUGAGUGAACCGUCAUUUGAUGGAACCCAAGAGAUCUCCUCUGCCAAGAAUUCCCUACCUUGUAGUAAUUUGAUCAGAUUUUGAUAUCUUAGUCGGAUACAUCAAUUGGUGGGCCCUCACACUCUGCAGAAUGGAGCUGUGUGGCUUUAUUGCCUAAUGCUCCCACUUCGUGGGUAUUGAA